UAUUGUCGCGAACGGACGUACUUUUGCUCGUGCUUACCAAUCUCAAUCCGCUGCCGGAGUAUCAACAAUAACUUCGCUUGCGCGUGUGUGUUGUGAAGCCUUUUUUGGUCGUAUCGUACGCGCGGAACUCUGAGUGCCCUCGAAGUCACGACGCAUCACUCUCGCGCCUCUCAGUAAAAACAGUUUACGUCGCUCGAGGACAACGACGACCAAUGUUGACGUCCUGUCGGAUGCUGUUUUCUCUUUGAUCUCAUCUCAUCAUCACUGUCACAUCUCACUUUCGCUGAGCUUGUGUGUGUAUGUGUGCGCGCAUAUUUUGUUGGUGCUACCGCAUUCCCCUCCCCCGCAAUCAGACCCGCUCUCCCUGCCAGGAUACGAAAUUUAUGUAGAUAAACUCACAAAACAGGGCACAAGUUUGGCGUAGUAAAAGUGUGUUGUCUUCUCUAGCCAGCCGUCAGUCAGUCAGGAGACAGUGACGAGUUUUCGACGGUCGAACGGUCGGUCGGUCGGAUUUCCCCGGAAAAUAAAUUGUCAAGUUGUAUUCUUUCGGGCGCGGAUCUCUGUGUGAACGAAAUUCUCUCAGUGUGUGAGUUCAUUUUUCUUCCACUAUCUUCACAGGGUUUCUGAAGAGGACCAGUCAAUCAAUCAAUUUUUCGCUCCAGACAAAAUCUCGGCGAAAGGUUUUUCCUUUUUCCCAUGAUCAUCGCAAAAGGUGUUCGGGCGUUUUUUGGUGGUUGAAAAGGAUUAUAGUUCCGGUUGAGUGAUUCCAUAGUGAUAGUGUGUGAUAUUGAGAGAUCAGAAAAAGGCAAAAUUCUGACAGAAUCAUCACCCAAUCGAAACUGUGCAAGUGAAAGUUACAGAAUAUACCAAAAAUACCUACCAACCGCCGGGUGCAGCAGAGUUUGUUUAGCGUGUGCGGGACGGCGCGGGAUACCACUGAGCUGUAAUACCGUGCAGAAAGAGAAUCAACUGAAAAAGAUUGCAUAAAAUGGAGUAAUUAGUAGGCUCAGGCCCAGGCACAAUACCUCGCCAUAGCAAUAGUAAUAUCCCAAUAAUAGCGGCAGCAGCAUGGAAAAAUUAAUCCACUUCGAUAUGAUGUCAAAAUAAACAGUCACAAAGCAGAGUGCAAGAGAGAGAAAUAGCGGGCGCGUGGGAGGAACCAUCCGCGAACGGAUCCGGAAAACACGGCGGAAAACAAUCGAUGCUAAAUUGAUGAACUGAUUUAUGCAAAUCGGAUUGCAAACACAGAAGUCGCUCUUUGUCGCUACUGGAUUGCAGCGGGUCGCGCGCGAUUGUUUUCGCAGACGAAUCACGUAUCCAACCCAACCGAACCGUUCCGUCAUCAGUUUCGAGUUUGAUGUAUGUGCAAUAAGUGGUGGGCCGAAUUGUGAUCGUGGGUGGUGAUUUUUGUGCAUUCUCCCGUCUCCCGAUAAUAGUCGAUUAGUAGCUUCCGUUCCUCGUGCUUUGGCGCGUAAUUUUGGCAAGUGCAGGUGCCCGGAAGAAGGUGUAUACGAAAAAUCAUGCAAGAAAAUAGUGUGGCUGCAGUUCCGGUGUCCGGCGCGACCGUUACUGCUCCUGCUCUCUCGGGGAAUGGUCACCAAGUGCAACCGGGUGGUGGCGGAAGCGGGAACGGGGGUCAUACGUCUUCCAACAGCGCUUCCGGACCGACACCAGUGUCUUCACCGACCAACAGCAGUACGACCAGUAUAAGCGAGAUUGACCAGGCCCAGUUCGAGGCGGACAAAAGGGCGGUGUACAAACAUCCACUGUUUUCCCUGCUCGCGUUGCUGCUGGAAAAAUGCGAACAAGCGACACAAGGCUACAUUUCCUCCUCGAAUUCGUCCAGCCCGAACGGAUCCACGAAUGGAACAAGCGAUGGCGAUAGCUUCUCCCGAGAUGUUCAGGCAUUUGUGCAGAUGCUGGAGAAGGAGAAGCGCCCGCUGCUAACGAACAAUUCCGAACUGGACGGCCUUAUGAUCAAAGCGUUGCAAGUGCUGCGAAUACAUCUGCUGGAGCUGGAAAAGGUCCAGGAGCUGUGUAGGGACUUCUGUACUCGCUACAUUGCAUGUCUGCGGGGAAAAAUGCAGUCGGAAAAUCUCCUCCGGUCCGAUUAUGCCAUGGAGCAUAACAACAAUCUUUCAAAUUCAAACAGUCCAAUCAAUAGCCCGGAGCAGGACCUUUCCGGGAGCGCACAAGGAUAUUACCAAAACACCGAUUACCUGACCGGAACCGAUGCCAAUGAGUACAGCAAUAUGCAAGGUUCGUUCAAUCAGCCUCCCCGUCCCAAUCCCGAGCAACAAAUCCCUAAGCAUUUACAAAUCCCUCCCCAAGCGGACAUCUUCCGACCUGCGCUUCCACUUCCCCCGAAUCCAUCCCACACGAUAGUGGGAACCACCCCUCUGAGCCAGAUAGGUCUCUCCACGCACCCGCUGCUGGAAGCCUUCGCCAGUGGCCAACUGUCCCCGGGCGGCAGUUCGGACGAACUCGAUUCGGAGCUGGACGCCGGCACCGAUGAUCUCGGAGGCGGCGGCAGUGACAUCGACGGUGGUGGUGGUAGUGGUAAACGGUGCAAGCGGGGCAUUCUGCCAAAACACGCUACUAGCGUGAUGCGGGCCUGGUUAUUUCAGCAUCUUGUUCAUCCCUAUCCUACUGAGGACGAGAAACGUGCAAUAGCCGCCCAAACCAAUCUCACGCUGUUACAAGUCAAUAACUGGUUCAUCAACGCCAGACGCCGAAUACUCCAGCCAAUGCUUGAACAUGUAUCCGAUAAUUCUGCACAAAGUACUCCCCCACCACCAUCGUCAUCAUCGCAGCCGCCGCUAGCAAUGCCCACAAACCACCACCAAAGUCACCAUUCAAGCAAACAACACUGUUGGUCAGACAACCCAACGGAGGCACCCGGCCAGGCACCGCCCCUUCAACUGGCCAAUAUUGAAAACAUCAGCGCCAACAUCAACCGGGCGUUGGAUACGGAUCGACCUCUACUGACAAUGUCAUCCCGAAAGCUAGCAUCUGUCAACGAAUUCUUCCAGCAACAACAACAACAACAGCGUCUCCUUCAGAACCGUCUAGCGUCAGUCGCAAGCUCUGAGGACGAAUCAAAUGACGCUGGUAGUCUACUGAUCGGGGGUCAUAAUUAACCUCAACGGAAACCAAUGUAUACUAGCGACAAACCCGCCCACGUGGGUGAAGCGCAACUCAAAUGCCAUACGUAAUCUAGUUCGAAACUGGUGUUUAUUGUUAAGGUUUUUUUUUUGUUGUUAAGAGUUAAUUCUUGAACCUGGCUAUAAGAGCGAAACGAGUAUACGUAACUUGAAAAACCAACUCAUUAGGUAAGUUGAUAAAAAAAAUAUGGUAAUGACACCAUGGAUGGACCAACUGUCGAAACCCGCGCUCAAGUGCGUCGCAGUAGGCGGUCAGCUUGUGUUUCUUCCAAUAACGCCAACGGGCAGAGCGAGAGUGCUGUGUUAUUAUGGUUUAACAGAGUUCCAAUAUUAGUUUAAUUCGAUCAAUUUGGAACCAAAUUACCUUAAGUGAGUGUUCACGUUCAUGCGCCCGAUUCUGUUUGGAUUGUCGGUAAGCAAAAAUAAUCUAAUUGCUGAUUGGCUCCCAAAUUCAAAUUGUAUGCACACUUUGUCCGAUUGGAGCGUGUUUCCUUUCAUUUGCAAUUAAAGAACCACGUGGUAGAGGGGAAAGUGAAUUAAUUAGAAUGGAAAAGCCAUUUGUGAACAAAAUUUCCUUGCGACAGAACAUUCGAAGCUAAAUUAAUGCCUCCUUGGCCGAACGUGUGCUAGCUCAACGGCUCAGCGUGGUCAUUGAAUUGACCGAAUCAAAACCAAGUCAUGGACGCAUAAAUUCCCAGGCGAAGCUUUUAUGAAUAGUGAUGGGGUCGCGAGGGCUACAUGAUGAAAAUAUGAUAAUUAAUUAAUAAGCAUCACUCCCUCUUGCUUUCGGGUCACGUGCGUGUUGACAUGAAGGAUAAAACAGAGCCGGAUAAAAAACGAAAGAGAGAGAGAGUGCGGAAAAAACAUCAUGAGCGGUAAAAUUCGCGCGUCGCGGUGAUGAUGAAGUUGAAUUGAUUAAUAUUUAUUACAAAUAAUGAGGUUCCUCCCUUUGGUCCAAGAAUAAACAAACAUACGCAACUCAAUUAAAAAAAAAACAAGAACACACACAAAAAAAUAAGAACCAAAACGAGCAUUGGCUGGAAGGAGCAACGAUUGCAUGAAUAAAUAUUAUUUACAUAUAGAUUUUAUAUAUUUUAGCACAUGCCGGUAAGAACUACAAAGUGACAGGCGAUAGGGUGAAUAAAAAGUACACACACACACACACUCAAUUUUCGAAUAUAAAUUAUCGAAUUAAGCGAUAAUUGAAUGAUUAUGAUAAUACUUAUUAACAGGCAUGAGUCAACCCUGACCCACCUGUGCUGGUAUACCGGGUGUUGUAUCGAGAUCCCAGUGAAUUCGGAACCGAACGAUAUCCAGAAUUACCAAUUAAAAGAAUCAAACCAGAGCGAUUCCAUUUGAAUUCGAAGGUAACGAUGGUUUUUUUUAAAUUUUUUGAUUUGGCUCAAAUUUUGCAGGAGCAUUCUUUAUGACCAAAAAGGUCAAUUUGUAUCAUCGGUUUUCCAUUUGAACUCUAACCUUAUUUUUGAAAAGAGCCUAAACAAUGAUUCCUUGAAAGUUUUCGGACAAAUAUAACAUAGAAACGAUUGGUCCGAUUGAUUUGGUGUCUUCCGCAAUGUUUUAGGUUAUUAGGAGAAAGUCUAUAAAGGCUAUAUGGAGAAAGCCUUCUUUAUUUCCAAAAAAAGUUUCUCAAAAAAUGUGUUACUGAUUUUUUUUGACGUAGGAAUACGUCUUUCGUUUCUAUACCGGGGUGUAAAAUCAAUGCUUCGAAAACGAAAGCGUUACGCCGGAGACCGAAAUUUUGAGCGUUAAUAGCUCCUAAACAACUGAACGAAAUGGUAUGGUUACUUUUCGAUCCAAAAACUUGUUUCAAUAGCCUUAAAAUUGCUUUCAGAACAGGCUAUUGAAAUCACCAACCGGUAUAUAAGCGAGCGCCGCUCGGAAAUCCACUUAGUUAUAAUUGAACAGCGAUUGAGGUACCAUCGCAGGAAUGAAUGGAUGUUUCCCUAACACAGACUUCAAAACCAUGGAGCCAGGGGAAAUCGGCAUUGCAAAAUAGAUACAAGCAGCGGGUACUUUUGUACUCGUUUGCGUUUCUGCAAAUUGGAAUGUUUCCUUAACACAGACUUCUAAACCAUGGAGCCAGGGUAAACUGGCAUUGCAAAGUAGAUGCAUGCAGCGGAUACUUCCGUACCCGUUUGCGCUUUUGCAAAUCGGAAUGUUUCUCUAACACAGACUUUAAAACCAUGGAGCCUGGGGAAAUCGCCAUGGCAAAAUAGAUGCAAACAGCGGGUAUUUUUGUACUAACUUGCGUUUUUGCAAACCGGAAUGUGUUUUCCCAAUACAGAUUCCGAAACCAAUAAAAUCGGCAUUCCAGAUCUCGGCAGUACUUUUUGUACCCCCAUGCGUUUUUACACUCCGGAAUGCGUUUUGCUAACACGGUCUACAAAAGCGGGUACAAAUGCAACGCUUUGGCUCGGUUAUUCAAGACUGCAUGCCCCUUCAUGUCGCCAGCUCACUGAACUUUUACGCAUACCGUUUGAUGAUUAGGCAAAAUGUUGAUAACUAUUUGCUGCGAUAAUCACUACCAUAAUGCAUGAAUUCACCUAAAUUGGGAUUAGUUUGCAAUUGAAUUCGUAAAUUGUUUCAUUCAUACGCUAAUUUAAUCAAUAGCUCUGCGCAGCGGUGAUAUAGUACCCAAUGAGGAACAUUCGAAGUCCGAUUGUUGCUAAUUGAAAAACACAAAUGAUUACUAAGCCAACGGCAGUCCUACGUCAACCGUCCAUAGUUUUAUUUUUUGAUAUGAUGCAGCACAGUACGUCAAGAUGAAAAAAUUAUGGACAAAAAAGUUAUAUGUUUUUUUAAAGUUGGAUUCUUGAAAACUGUUGAAAUGAUGAAAUGUUUUUUAAGCCGAUCUACAAAAUGAAAGUACAAAUGAAUUACUACCGUUCCCGAGAUACAGUGAUUUCAAAAUAAAAUUUACUGACAAUCUCCACUUUCGGUUGUUUUCGGAUGUUUUACGAAAAUUAUUUUUCCGGAAGUAUUUCAUUUAAAGUUUUUAUACAAUGAUAAAAAGUUGCCUUUUAUUUCAGAUUUCAUUGUUUCAUAAUACUUACACAUUUUUUACUAUCAUUAUAGUUUAAAAAUUGCCUAACUUCUAUUUUAUCUACGGAAACUGUUAUAAAUGAAUGGUAUUUAUGUGUUCCUUGAACAGUAUUCGUUUUCAAAUAUAGUUCAUGGAGCUGUUGCUUGGUACCCAGCAAACAUUAAAGCGCAUAUAUAUCAUCAUAUAUCCCAAGAUUUUGGAUGGUAUAUGAAUAGCAUAUACAGGCGGACUCGAUUAUACACAAUCUCCGAUUUGUUUUUGUUUAUAAUCGAAUCCUGUAUAUAUUGGAGUCAAAAAAUUUUUUUUAUUUGUGUUUGUAUAUAUAACUUUUUUCGUUUAGGGCUCUGUUUGCCUAGAUUAAAAAAUACGCUACGUAAGACGAUUCUGUUGCUUCCGUUUGAAAGAUGAGAAAAUUUAGUAUAGGACAUAAUUGUGAAACAACUAAAUUAGUAGAUUCAAACAACAUUUUGGAAGUGAAAAACAUAGUUGUUUUGAAGGUAUUAUUUUAAAUUUCUUCGCGAAAAUUCAUAGUAAACUUAAUUGUUUCUAUCAACCAAAUUAAUGCUCUCUAACCGCUCUACAAUUUGGUCUAUGACACCAAACAUCUAUCUUUAUGUAUUUAUUUAUUUGGCCAGCAUUUGUACCACUGUGCACUCGGUUCCCCAGACUUCAAUGGGCAACAUAAACGGAGAAAAAAAAUUCUCAUAGAAAGCUUCUUUCUAUUCAGAGAAUGUUUUCUUUUCACGGGAAAUAGCUAUGGAUUAUUUAAUCAGACUUGCAAAAUGUGCCAGAAUUCAUAGCAUUUGAGUUCACGUAAUUUUUGCAAUCGGAACUAAAUUUCUAGUUAGUUUCUGUGAAAAAGUGCUCCACAAAGAAAUGUUCUAGGAGGAAUAAUUUUUUUCCGUGCAUGAAAAGAAACGAAACGAAAGCAAUGAAUACUGCGACAACGGGUGGUAUGUUUGGACAUGAUACACUUCAAUUAUAAACAUCGUGUUUAUGAUGUGAGAAACGCAUGUUCAUGUUCAAACAAAAACAUGGAAUUUUCACAUAUGUAAGUGUUUUUCGGAAGACUGGUUCAGCCUCUGCCCUUCAUACUUUUCAAAAUAACCGUCAACAAUCUUGGUGUGUCAAAUUCAUAAUAUGAUGUAAUAUGCUCUCAAUUACUUGAAUGAUAUAACACGUUUUUUCGAAGUAGAUUCAAAUUAUAUAACUAUGUUCGCUUGGAACGAAUUCUGGUGAUUUACAUGCCAAUCUUAUCGGAAAUUGAAGAAAAAAAAAAGAUUUGUUUGAUAUUUACAUUAGUUUCUCUCAUUCGUAAACAGUUUAAAUUAAUGAAAAUUGGAAGCAUUCCCAUUUUCCCAUACAUUUGUUUGAGAAUUUUUAGUCAAUUUUACUUUGAAAUCAUUUGGUAGCAUUUAACAAAAUUUUACCGGUCAUCUUUUUGACUGCAAAUUAUGCGCACUAUCAAUCUAGUCUAAAAACAAUUUAAAAAAAAAAACAUUUCAACAAUUUUCAAAAAUUCAACUACUUUUGGACGAUGGAUUACGUCUUUCAGAAACAUUUUGGGGGUACAAAUUGAAAAACGGAUACAAAUUGGAGAAUGAAAAUCUAUUGUAGCUCAGUCAUUUCAUGAUGGAUUGGCUAGAUUUUUGUACCAAUCGAUUUGGGCACUUCAUAACAAUUUAUUACAUCGAAAAAAAUAAUAUAUAUGAUCCUGUAGCAAAAUCAAAUUGGAACGUUCUUGCAGUUGAGUAAUAACUGGAGAAAAAGCCACUUACACCCCUUUCCUUCUAAGCCCAUCAUAUAUGAGGAGCUCAAAUGAAAGGGGUGUAAGUAAACUAUUCCAUUUUCUGUUCAUCGACUUUCGCUUUUGAUCAUAACUUUGCUGCAAACACAUUCCCAGCUUGUUUGUAGGAUUGGGCGAUCUUUUAAAAAAAGAUCUAUCUUUGAAAAAUCGAAUGCGUUUUUUUUUCAAUUUAUUUACUUAUUCUAUAUAAGUGUCGUCUGUUGUUUAACACUCCUAUACUCGCGCGAAAAAUCGUAACUCGUGUACUCACAGACAGUGCGGGUCUCUGUAAUAUUGCUAUUGUUUAUUUUUAGGCGUUAUUGAUAUUUAUUCAAAGAAAAAGAUACAAUAGAAUGAUAAAACUACAGAUUUUUUUUUUCUUUUACCCUUUCCCGUAUAACAUCGAGUCCCACUCGUGGGUACUUGAAUAACAUAGGGCGCCAGAACGCUCAGCAGACUAGUGAAAUCACUUGAUGUGUGACGUAUCAAAUAAUACGUGAAGGGGUCAACUUCAUUCAGUUUUAAUAGUCAUUUAGUUCAGUCACCUGAUUCAUUCUCGGUCUGUCAGACCUAUGCGCGAGUAUAGGAAGGUUAAACAUGUUAUAAACAUGUCACAUUUCUUUUCAAACGCCAAAGGCAUUGUAUUUUGAUUCUCAGUAUGAAGGUUACAAAAAACAGGAAAACCAAGAAAAAUGUAAUUUCCAGAGAUAUUCGUCUAGAGCUCCGCUGGCAAUAAUUCCAUAAAAUCAAACCAUGCCAUACAAUUCAAUUCUUUGUUUUUAAGAGGCUUUAAACUUUGCAGUUCAUUCGCCUCUAAGGUGCCAUACGUUUAGCAUUCAGUCCAAAUCUUGACAGUGGUCCCAGUUCUGAAACGAACCGUUUAGCCGGACCUGAUGUCAUCAUCCAAUUUCGUCACAAUUUUCACUGUCAGCCUAGUGAAUGUGAUGUGACAACUUGUCUUUAAAAUGUUUAAAAAGUUUAAAAUGGUCAUUUGAUCUGCCGGGGUAGUUUUGUGGUAGUCGAAUGAUAUUAUUCCUCUCGUGAGUGAAUAAUUUGUUGUUGUUUUAUUUUUUUUUUCAGUAAAAAGCAUUGAAAAAACUUUGUGUUUUACAUCUGACAGAUGAAAUCGGAGAACAGUAUAUUGAACUGCCAAAAAACUGCAUUGAGGAUUCAGAAAACAAGUUUCCACAGAUUCAAACGACGAUUUUCUUAACUUGUCCGUAUUCCCUCCUGUUCCCCUAUAAGCGUAAGUGUAACACUAUCUGAUAGCAGUUUUGCUAGAAAUAGCUACAAAGCUGAAACAAAUUAAAUCUUCAAAUAUUAAAAUCAAUCGCCAAAAAUCUUUGUUCGCGCAUCUAUGUUGUUGCGUUAUUAGUCCAAUUGAAAUUCGCGUUCACGCAUCUUUUCGCCAUCGUUACUCGAUUGUACCAAUGGUGGAGUGAACAAAAAAUAAUACCUAGCAGUCAAACUAAGUUAUCGUUUUCAGGACCAUCAAAUUAUUAUCAAAGAGUUAAAUAAUGAAAUUAUUCAAACAUAUCCACAAUCAACAUGCAGCAAAUAGCCUAACGUUAUCCUAGGUAAACGGUCGUGUCUUGGACACAACCCGCCUGUAACAUUUUUUUAAAUAAUAACUUUUUUGUGCAUUUUUUUCCAUUUUGACGCACCGUGCAAUAAUGUUCAUUAGUUGCCUGCUGCAACUAAUCAAAAAAUAAAAAACGCCUUUUUUUCUAAAGAUUGAGUUAUAAGUGUUUUAAAAAAAAUAAAAAUAAAAAUAAACCAUUUUGUUUUAACAGUGCACACUUUCUCCACAUAAUCUCAAUAAUAACCUAAAACUUUGCGGAAGACACCAAUUGGACCAAAUUUACAAAAAAUCUUCGCCCUUAGAAAUGGUAGCAAUUAGCAUUUUUUGGCUGUAAAUUAUGCGUACUUUCAUAAAAUCGGGUACAAAAACAAUCAAAAAAAAAUUUCAAAAAUCCAACUUUUUUCAAAAAAAUUAAAGUUUUAUGUCCACUUUUUCCAUUUUGACGCAAUUGGUUGAACGCUGCGACAUAUCGAAAAGUUUAAAAGAACACAUUUUUUUGAGAACAUUGAGCUUUAAGUGUUAUUUUCGAAAUAAAACGAAAAAAUAAAACAUGUUUUUAACAGUGAAUACUUUACCCACAUAAUUCCAAAAAUUACCUAAAACAAUGCGGAAGACACCAAGUCAAUUGGACCAAAUUUUCAAGCAAUCUUUGCUUAGGUAAUGUUAGGCAAAUGUAAGUUUAGAGUCAAAAUGACAAACCGAUGAAGCAGAUUGUCCUUUUUGGUCAUAAAGAAUGCAUCUGCAAAAUUUGAGCCAAAUAAAAAAAAAUACAAAAAUUAAAUUUAUGGACUCAGAAUCAAACCAAGCUGAUGUAUACGCUCUAAAUAAGGCAGCCUCAUGUCAACAAAGAUUACUUUAUUCGUAUUUUUUGCGUUGUCGAAAAGUCAAUCCUAUGUUAACCAAUCGAAUAGUAAGCAACGGAUAUACGUAAAAAAUAGUAAUAUUAUAUAUAGGUCAUAGAAACAAAUGAAAUAGAAUGUAAAAAAAGCACACACAAAAAGCAACUAUCGAAGAAAAAGUGAACGAGAGCAAGGAAAAAAAACGAGGAAGAAUUUAGCCUGUGAUAAUAGAUUUAUUUGAUUUUCAUAUCUCUUACUGAACAACAAACAACGCUGGAAAACAGUCCAUUCAAACUGAAUACUGAACUGCAACAGAUAUACGUAAAAUUCCUAUCUCUGUGUGUCAUAUACUGAAGAAAAAAAACAGAACAGAACAACGGAGUGGUGAAAGCAAAGUAUACCAUUUAUAUGUGUAAGGUUUUUUUUAGUAGCUAAUCAAUGAAACCAAAUGCCAAUUGACUAAGGAGUGAAACACACACACACACACACA